GGAGGAAAGAGGCAAAACAAUCUUUUAUCCCUCUGACCGGGCGGCUUUUGGAUAUCCUGGGUGGUGGUGGUGGUAGUGGCGGCUGAAGAACUUACAUGUAGACUAGUUUGGAGCAAAGACAAUUUACAUCUACUAUCGACAAUCUUCAUAAAUGCAUCUAAUUCCGGCAGUUUGCACUAAAACCAUCCGAAAGCUGGUUUUAUUUCUUUAAUCACUCGCUGUGUCUCAACAUGGACUCCAGAUAUAUCAUGGACAAGUCAAGGGUCGGUGGCGUAGACUACAGCUAUCUGACAGGCCGUCCUGUGCUCCGCAACACCCCGGGUAAACACGGCCACACGCCGGCGUACAGCCACGGCCCCGUCCUUUACACAUUUGUUCUGGAUCCAGGAGCUGAGGGCAAAGGCGAGAAAACUUUUUUAAAAGGGAAUGGACUGUCUUCAGGGGAACGAUUAUUGCACGACAAGGAGAAGAUGGGCCAGGGGGACCAAAACAAUGCUGGUUCUGUAGAGGUUCUCAGGAAGGCCAGCCCCCUUCACUGCCCAGGGGUCAUCAAUGGGCAGGUGUCUGGACGACUCAUGCACUUGGACAUCAGGAACCCAGGGAACCAAACGGAGCUGGGACAGGGGCAGGAAACUACCCCAACAGACAGACAGCCCCACUCUUGCCACAUACCAGUGCCCAGGAACAGGAAGCCGUCGGGCCAUGCCGAUAAGGAGGUGAUGGCAGCAACCGUCCUGACCUCUUUAUCCACUUCACCAAUGGUGCUCCAGCCUUCCUCUGCUCCUACAGUACCAGAACCGGCGAGCAGAGGAUGGAAAGAGGUGCUUUCUGCCAGCUACAGCAGCUCCACCAGCGGCAACUGGAGCUGGGAUGCCAGUGACCAAUCGGUGCCCUCCACACCGUCCCCACCUCUCUCCAAUGAAAACAAGAACUUCCUGCUCUCGUCCAACACUGAUGACAUCAGCGAAGACAUCCAUGAGAGCACGCACUUCAUGUUUGAGGACCCCAUGAUCCCCAGGAAAAGAAAGAACUCCAUGAAGGUGAUGUUCAAGUGCUUGUGGAAGAACUGUGAAAAAGUCCUCAGCACCUCCUCAGGGAUCCAAAGACAUGUCCGCACCAUGCAUCUGGGACGUAACAGUGACUCAGACUACAGUGACGGGGAGGAGGACUUCUACUACUCAGAGAUCGAGGUGAACAUGGACAGUCUGACAGAGGGCCUGUCCAGCCUCACGCCCACAUCCCCCACCACGGUCGCUCCUCCCCCCGUCUUCCCCUCACCGCUCUUUGACGUCCCACAUUCGGAACACAUCAGCUUGAACGGGUCUCAGAGCCACACCCCCACACUGCUCAGCCAAUCAGCUCCCUCCACCCUCUGCCACAUCCGCACUGACCACGCCUACCAGGCCACUGCACCGGUCAGUAUCCCAGUGGUUCCUGAGCUGGCGGGGUUAGGCAGUACUAACGGCACCGGCCCUUUAACCGAGAGCAGCAAUGGCAUCAGUGUGUCAUGGCAGUCCCCUCCGGUCAUUUUCAAAGGUGUCGCGGGCCCUGUGAACCAUGUCCGAACUGUGAGCACCGGUGAGAAGCGUCAGCCUGCCCCCAGCACACACGCAGCUGUUACCAAAAGCCACGCAUUAGUCACACCAGCUUCUAAAGCCACACCGGGAACCAGGAAACCCCGUGGUGAGGCAAAGAAGUGUCGAAAGGUGUAUGGCAUGGAGAAGAAGGACAUGUGGUGCACGGCCUGCCGCUGGAAAAAGGCCUGUCAGAGAUUCACCGACUAACCCCCCAACUUCUGCCACAUGAGCUCUUCCUCAUUCCAGGACACAGCCCAGUGGACGCUUCCAUUCACACACAGGGGAGGCUUCCAGCAAAGCUGAAAACUGCAGAUCAGACUGGGUUCACCUUUCCAAACAUUAAAAUGCAAUUGGUUGCUUAAAAAAAAAAGGAAAUGGAUUUUUUUGUCAGGUUUAAGACUUUUUAUAUCAUUGAGACAAUUUUGAUAAAUUUGAAAAAUUAAAUUUUUAAGAAACAAUUAAGAGGCUAGUUUAUUCCUUUUUUGGCAAGCCACAUUCAAGACAACAACUAAGCUUUUGGCAUGUUGUUCUCAAACAAAGCAUUAUAUAUAAGCUACUGUUUCGAGUUGGAUCAAAACUCUCAAGGGUUUCACUUAAUUUCUUUCUCUGUAGCAUCUGCUUUUCCAUUGUCACUGUUUAAGGGACAGCUAGGUAACCAAAUGCAACAUGCCAGCACAGUUAUAGUUAGUACAUUUUGGUGUGAGCUCCUGUGCCAAUGUAAAACACCUGUCCCACAGCAUUAUAUAUAUACUGGAGUUCAUCUCUCUCUUUACGCCUGUACCUAACUAUAAGCACCUUAAAGAAUUUGGUCAUCAUGUGUAUUGCCACUGCACUCACUGCCUUUGUUUGCUUUUCACCAUUACAAAGUUGCAGGGGUUCAGUUAUAUGUGAACUACCAUGUCAGUUUUCUCCCCCUAUUUGAUUUGUUUGAGAAAGAUCUUUUUGUUGCAGUUAAUUUAUAAUUUAGUUCUGGCCAAACACAAGACAAACAUGGGAGAUAGACACGCUCAAGGAAAAUUCAAAGUUCAGUUUGUUAAAGACUUUCACUGUUCCCUAAAUGCAGUUGGAUUUUUUAUCAGUCUUAGAUUACGUUAACAAUUAUAUUAGGAUGGCAAGGUUAGAUAUAGAGCUCCCUUUUAAUAUAUAUGCAGUGUUUUCCCCAGAAGGACUCAGCCCUAUGACCAGCCUUCUGAAAGUACACUCUCCCUCUUGUCCCCUUUUCUUAAGCCCUUGUUACUUGCGUUUCUAGAUUACCAGAGUCACAUCUCCUACACACAGACACACAGGCACAGCUCCGACUGAUGCUUAUGACUUCUGUCGUCAUAGAAACACUUGUUUUUCAUGGUCACACGAGAGUCAUUGAAAGAGAGAGAUGCUGUAGUCCAGAUUAUAUAUAGUUUAGAUAUAAUGUAAAAUUGGUUUCUACCCAUAUAUACUGAAAGAACUUGAUUUAAAGACAGACAUUGGUUACAUAAUGGUUAACUUAUGGGAACCAUGAUUCUGCACUACUAGUGUAUGCAGUGUAUGUAGUGUGCCGUAGAAAAUGUUAGUGGGAACAAUGACUUUUGCAACUACUUCUUUCAAUGGCUCUUGACCACAUUUACACUAGCUACAAAACUGUUUAGGUUACACCAUGGGUUAUGGGUAGUUACUUAAUUCAGUUUGUGUACUUUUAUAUAGAUGAAAGCCUUCUAUUGUGUCCCAUAUAAGCUUUACACUUCUGAGUGGGUCCCAAGCCUCAUCAGGUCAAAUUCACAAAGUGCCAAUAAUGAUGAGUACACACGACUACAGUAGUAGCUGACUUACUUACAAAAUUGCACUAUGUUGCUCUGUGUACAAUUAACUUUGAUUCAAGUAGAUUGUUGUUCAUUACUCCCCCAUAACAAGUCUCCGUUAUUGGUUGAUGGCUGUCUUAGCCCUUGACAGUAGUAGUGAAUGGUAUAUCUGAGCAGUGGUACAGGAAAGAUGUUUGGUACAAGCAGGAUACCCAGUUAUGUAUUGUUUUUGUUUGAAUUCAGCUUUUUAAGGAUGCCGAGGAAGUUACUGUGUGAAUGCAUCUCUGCUUUGCCAAAUCUACCCCUUAACAUUGUCUGGCUCAUUACAACAGAAGAUGCUAUAACUAGCCAUUAUUCCACCUUUCACAAGUUGCACUAAAGCUAGUAUAUCAAUAUAUCUUGCCUGCAAUGUUUUCUGUUUGACAGUGAUCCAAUUGGUUUGGGUUAAGAGAAUCAGAUGAUUGUUUUGCGGAGAAAGAGGCACAAGACACAGUGGUGACAUGAUAUGGAUGGAUUUGCAGUGUCAGGGCUUUCUUGUAAAUAUGCAACGUAAAAAGAACAGUGAGGCUUUUUAUUGAUUUAUUGUUCGUUUCUUCUUGUAUCUCGAAAAGGAAACGUUUUUUUCUACAAUAUUGUUCAAGAUAUUUUUUCUUUCUUUUUAUAAGCAAGAAGCGAUAGUGAAUAUAACAUGUCUGAUGUAGCUUAGUGGCAAAGGGGAGAAAACCAGUUGAAUGUAAAAUCUACACAAUGAAAAAAAAGUCAUGAUUUUUGAUGUUUUUUGCUGGUUAGUUUGUUUGUAGGCUGUUGUCUUGAUUUAUCUGUAAGCCGUCACACUUCAUAUCAGUCCCCCAACCAUGCAGUAUUGCUUUAUUUUCUGACUUGUGCAAUGCAACAACUUUUAACAGUUUUUUUGUAUUUCUUCUUGCCAAAUUUGUCAUGUAUACAGCUCUGGAGAAAAAGACUACUGCAAUUUAUUCCUUCUGAAUGUCCUCAAGUCAAAUCUUUAUUACAAUUCUAAAGUGAAUUUUCUGUUUACCAUAUUCCAUGACUAUAAACAUGACUAUAGUUUGAAGUGGUCAUAUUUUCAGAUAUGCUUCAUGUGGUGAUCAUAGUUUUUCGACGUUUUUAUGUAAAUGUUUGGAUAGACAGUACCACCGAAAUCUUCUUUAAAGGUGCAUUGUGUAACUUUUCUGCUGGAAGGUCCGUCAAAUGCUUUUCUCCAUGGAGAUGUUAUAGCUUUGCCUGGAUUUUUUUAACAGUAUUGCAUUAAACGUUUGUAUCUUCCUGGAGACCAAACCAGACCAAGUUACAGGUCAGAUCUGUGGAGAGGCAACCCCGCCCACAGUCAGAAUACAUGUUUUUCUAGACAUUUUUGAGCUAUAAAACCACCUGUAAUUGAAUACAUGUACAUAUUGUGGAACAUUUUAAGCAGAGCACUGACAUAUCCAUAGAAACAAGAAGGUGAUAGACCUCCAGCCAAAAAGUUACACAGUGUACCUUUAACCUGUCUGAAACAUUCCAACAGGCUGCAACUCUUUCUUCGUCUUCCACUCAAAUUAGAUGUAAUCUUUAUCCAGCUUUACUGUGGUCCCACUCAAGCCUUUUACCCAGUAUAUUAAGCUAUGUAAAGCCCUUCAAAUGUGCAUUAUAUUAAAAAAGAGCGCCUUGACUUCCCCAAAUAUGAUAGCUGCUUACUUGUGUUGAAUGUCCGAUGUGUGUGUUAAACCAGCAGCGACAAAGCUUCCAAAUCAAGUGUAUCAUGCGAUGUAAUGGCAGCUCUGCAAGUCUCUCCUUCUUUUGUGCUGCAACUCCAAAGUUUGAAAAUGUUGCGUUGUGCAAAAUAUCAAACUGAAGGUCCUGUAUUACACAAAACUGACUUCUGUGAGCUUUUAGCCUUGUUAUAAAGUUAUUACCUCGUCGCAAACAUGUCCGCAGUUGUGUUUUGUUUCAUUCACACGUUUGAGUAAUCCUUUAUUAUUAGUCUGUCUGCAUCUCCAAAGCUCAAAAUGCUCUGUUCCACCUUUUGAUGUCAUGAAGGGGUAGUUUUUUGCAAAGGUGUAUGAAGUUCAAUGUUUUCUGUGUGAAAGAAGGGCUCAGUCUAAAUAUGCAGGGUUUGUGUGUUUGAAAUAAGAUGCCACUCCAGGUCUGUUUGUGAUGAGGAAACAACAUUAUAACAUACAUCAGAUUGUGUAAUAUGGGCCCUUUAUAUACAUCUCUAUAACACAUACCAUGAAACAUAAGUGUUGAUUUUGUGGUGCUAUACAAAUAAUGUUCUGUUAUUAUUUGACAUAUUGAUACAUUUUACACUGUAUCGCAACAUUUUCCUAAUUGGAGUUGUAUUUGUCCAUCCUUCCUCCUCCUUGUAUCUUUUGUCUUAUGUGACCUGUAUUUUUUGUACCUAGCCUUACACUGGCUGGUGUGAGAACUGACUUUUUGCUUUCUUGUUUUAUCAAUGAUUUAUUGACUUCUCUGAAUGAUUUUAUUGUCUGUUGAGUUGUGUUUGAGGUUGUUUUGCAUGUCUAGCAUUUGCUAAUUUUUCUUGUUCAUUAUUUUUGAUGCCAGGAGACAGAACACUGAAGGUUUUUUGUGUUAAAUGUCCUUUUUCACAUGCAAGGCUGAAUCAAAUGGUGGUUAUCAUGAGGGGUGGGUGCAGCCUAAGAUCGUGGUCACUAGAGGGGGCCGUUUCUCUGGUGUGGCGUCGUAUCAGCAGCAUCCUCAUGCAGAGAAAGCACUUUUGGGAGGACUAUAUUUGUGUGAAUGUCAAGCUUAUGUAUACAGCUAGAGCUUGGAAAGAUGGAUGACCACGUAUGAUUUUGAUAAUGUGAUCUAUGUGAUGUAAUGUGACAGAAAGAAAAAUAAACAUGAAUGGAAGAUGCGCUGA